AUGUUGAAUGGUGGGCGGACGAAGGAGGAAUCUGGAGAGCUGCCGUGCUGUGGAGGCGGUUUGAUCCAUCAAGUGAGCAUCCGAAGGUUUCACCAAGCUUUUGAGCAUGUGUCGACUCCUCUGGGUGAAGGGCCUCGCCUAGUUCGUACAGUGGAAGCCUUGUGGUACAUGGCCGAUGACUACGAGAGUUGCAUGAGGAUUGUGGAUCUGAAUGGCCAUGAGCUUCUGUGCCAGCUGGCUCGGGAACAUGGUCAGGAUAAUCCGGAUGCAGCAGGAGGUAUCUUCCGACUGUUGGCUGAAACUUUGUACGCCGAGCCGAGGUCCUCUCGUCUCUGGGGAGAGGCACUGGAUGCCAACCUCUUGGCUGCAGCCGUCAACUGGGCAGUCCAGCAAGCAGGCUGCAGCGACCCAGGAUGCUCCACGACUCUCGGGUUUGUGUGUGAUGUCGCUGCGCUGUGGUUGCAACGUGUUCCUGACAAGGAGGCUGCCAAGCCGUUGAUCGGCAUCGUCCCGCAGCUGCUGAAGAUCAUGGCCUUUCGCUUGGACGAUGUGUUGCUGCUGCAGCAUGGAUUUCGAUUGUUGUGGGCUUUCGCUCACAAAUCGGCAGAGUGGCCAGAGGCUCUCCGACAACCGACAGUUUGUGCCCUGCAGCAGCUGCGAGUAUUGGUGGAAGCCAGGCCGUCUGCAGCACCAAAUGCUAUUCACUACAACGCCAUGGCUCUACAGGUGCUUGGCGACAGCGGUGGAAGGUGCCGAGUUCUUGCAGCGCAGCAGCGCGACGACUUUUUCGCUUCGCCGUUCGCUUUUCAAGGGGGCCGCGCUGGCACUGCCUCUGGCAAGUUGGCCCGGGUACCCGGUGGAAACGGCGAAGCGGGCAGAAAGCCCCGACCAAGUCGCAGCUUUGCAGGAAAGACUCACUGGAAUUUUCCCCGAGAUGCGCGAGCUUCUGCGGCCAGCAAUGGCCUAGUGUACAUAGCCAGCCGCCUAAGCCACCUGCGCUCCAGCCCUGCCUGCGCUGCUCUGCCGCCUGCACGGCCCUGCGCGGUACGCGAAAACCCUGGACUAGAUCUGCAUCUACUGUCAAUGAGCAUACUUGGCUCGGCCUCCGGGGCUGCGUCUGCCGUGGCGUCGGCGGCUUCUGCCGCGACCAGCGCUGUUUUCGUGGUAAAGGAACGCGCUGCGCAGGUGGCGCCGGCAGCACCUGGUGUAACGCAGCUUGCAGCAGGAGCAGGUGAAGCCGUUGCUGAGGCCGGCCAGCGAGUUAGAGAUGCAGCUGGUGAAGUGACACAUCAGGUGGCAGGUGUCGCCGGACAUGCAUCUUCGCAAGUUGCCAGUGCUGUAGAAGGUGUCAGGGACCACGCUGUGCAGCAAAAGCAGCGGAUGGAGAAGGUUGCGGACCAGUUCACCGACCUCAUGGAGGGCUUCCUCAAGAGAAAGCUGUACAAACUUCUAAUUCUUCUUGUGGACAAGAUCCCCGGUAUUCUCAAGACAGUUUUGGAAGACCCUGAGAUGCCAUCUCGAGUGCAGAGAGCCCAGGAUGCUGCGGUUGAUGCUGUCUGGCCGGAUGUGCGGCAGGAAAUCAUGUGGGAACUGGCAGUGUCCAUGGAUGGCAAGGCAGCCGACCAGCCAAAGGAGCAAGGCUGCAUUUGCUGUUCUUUUCUCAGAUACCAUCUUUAUCCUUUCGACCGAGGAUUCUGGGGACGGCUGCGAGAUCCAGUGUGGAUACUCUUCACGAUUGUCGGCCUUCUUCCCGUGUAUGGCAUCAGCCCAGGUAUAUUCUUGCUGAUCUUCCUCAUUGUCGACAAAACCGAUGAGUUCCAGCUCGUUUCCUUCAUACUUGAGUUCAAGGGCUUCCAGUACCUCACACAGGGCCUGGUGCGCAGCUUGAUGGGCUACUUUUUGUACCUGAAUUGCGUCACUGCACCCGGGCAAGAGGAGGAUUUCUGCGCUACAAACGGACCCGGCUCCGUCGCUCCGACCCUGAUUGUCUUGGUUGGAUAUUUGCUCCAAGUAGUUCUGGUUUGGACGGCCUUUCUGCUCCUACCCUUCUCUUCAAGGAAAGGGCGAUCAACGCUGACUGGACAUCUGGAUGAACCUCUUCCGCACCGUGCAGAGCACCGGGGUGGAUAUAUAAUCUAUCUUCUGUGGUAUGACCUCUUGACCUUCGUCGUCUGUGCUGGGGCACUGGUUUACGUGUUACAGCUGCGAGAAUGGUGGCUCGACGACUGGAUGGUCAAGCAUGCGUUCUUUGCUAUCCAAAUGGUGCACGGCUACUUGUCCAUGCCCUUCUUUUUCUUUACGAUCCCGCUAAUAAGGAAUGUUCUGAGCCACACAGCACCGACUGGAUACGACCGAUCUGGUUGUUGCAGACAGUACUUGGGCCCUGCAAGGCCCCCAAAACCGCCAGCAGAUGCUGGCAACAUUCCGCGCGUGCUCGAGAAGGCUGAGGCGGCCAAAGUGCUGGAGAACCUGAGACGUCUGUUGUCUGGCCUUCGUGUUCGUGCUCUGGAUUUGGAGGAGCAGCCGACUGAGUCCGAAGCGGCGAAUGCCGAAUAG